AGGGUGGCGAGGCACUGGCACAGGCCGCACAGAGAAACUGUGGAUGUUCCAUCCCAGGGAGUGUCCAAGGCCACGCUGGAUUGGGCUCUGGGCAACCUGCUCUAGUGAAAAAUGACCCUGCUCUCCGCAUGGGGUUCGAAUUGCAUGAUCCUUAGGGUACCGUCCAAUCCAAGCCAUUCUGGGACCGAGUGGGUUAAUCCCGAGCCAGCAGCAGGAACGGACCCGUGGACACGGCACCGGGGCCCGGCCUGUUCCUGGGCGGGACCGCCGCCAGGCGCCAUGGCCGCGGGAAAAGAACUACAGCUCCCGUCGUGCCCCGCGGGCAGCGCGGCGGGAACAAACUCCCCGCUGAUUUGCUCUGCUCUCCGCUGCUCCGGCCAAUCAGAGGCACAGCGCACGGGGGGCGCUCUCCGCGCGCGUGAGGCGGGCUGGCGGCGUCCCGGCAGCGAUGGAGCGGGAGCGGGCGGAGCUGGCUUCUUCCUUCUGCCACAAAACUUCAUCUUUGGAGCGGGUGGAGGAGGAAGGUGAUGACGAUGAGGAGGAUGAUGAACUGGACAUCUUUGGGGGUUACGACAGCCUCACGUGCUACAACAGCAGCAUGGGCAGUGAGAGCAGCUCCUGCCUGGAGGAAUCCAGCGAUGAUGAGGUGGCAGAGCGGGAGGCUGGAGAGCUCUCGACCUCUCCCAUGCACCAGCCAUCCACAGGCCGGCUCACAGAAGACAGUGGCUCCGAGCCAGCUGUGUGCGAAAUGUGUGGGAUUGUGGGCACCAGGGAGGCUUUCUUCUCCAAGACCAAACGUUUCUGCAGUGUCUCCUGCUCCAGAAGCUACUCCUCAAAUUCCAAAAAGGCCAGCAUCCUGGCCAGACUGCAGGGGAAACCACCAACAAAGAAAGCUAAAGUUCUGCACAAGGCAUCCUGGUCAGCCAAGAUCGGGGCCUUCCUCCAUUCACAGGGCACAGGACAGCUGGCAGAUGGGACACUGACAGGUCAGGAUGCACUCGUCCUGGGCUUUGACUGGGGAAAGUACCUGCAGGAGCACGGCUACAAGGCAGCUCCUGUCAGCUGCUUCAAACAUGUGCCACUCUUCGAUCAGUGGGAUGAUGUGGUGAAAGGUAUGAAAGUGGAAGUGCUGAACAGUGAUGCUGUGCUCCCCAGUCGAGUGUACUGGAUUGCAUCUGUCAUCCAGAUUGUAGGAUACAGGGCCCUUCUGCGAUAUGAGGGCUUUGAGAAUGAUGCUAGUCAUGACUUCUGGUGCAAUUUGGGCACAGUGGAUAUUCACCCCAUUGGCUGGUGUGCCGUCAACAGCAAAAUCCUGGUACCACCACAAACUAUCCAUGCCAAGUACACUGACUGGAGAAGCUACCUCAUGAAAAAACUGGUGGGAGCUAGGACCAUCCCAGUGGAUUUCCACAUAAAGAUGGCAGAGAGCAUGAAGUACCCGUUCCGGCAGGGCAUGCGGGUCGAGGUGGUGGAUAAGAACCAUGUGUCCCAGACACGUAUGGCAGUGGUGGACACAGUGAUUGGGGGCAGACUGAGACUCCUCUAUGAGGACGGUGACAGUGAUGAUGACUUCUGGUGCCACAUGUGGAGUCCCCUCAUCCAUCCUGUGGGCUGGUCACGGAGAGUCGGCCAUGACAUAAAGAAGACAGAAGAAAAACGUAAUGACAUGGCAAACCAUCCUACCUUCAGGAAGAUUUACUGUGAUGCUGUGCCCUAUCUGUUUAAGAAGGUACGAGCUGUCUAUUCUGAAGGUGGAUGGUUUGAGCGAGGCAUGAAACUGGAAGCCAUUGACCCCCUGAAUCUGGGCAACAUCUGUGUGGCCACUGUUUGCAAGGUUCUCUUGGAUGGGUAUCUCAUGAUCAGCAUUGAUGGAGCAACGUCUGAUGAUGGCUCUGACUGGUUCUGCUAUCACGCCUCCUCACAUGCCAUCUUCCCUGCCAACUUCUGUAAGAGGAACAACAUCGAACUGACCCCUCCAAAAGGGCAUGAAGCAAAGACAUUCAGCUGGGAACGUUACCUGGAAGAGACCAAAUCAAGACCUGCUCCAUCACGGCUCUUCAACACAGACUGUCCCAACCAUGGCUUCAGGGCAGGCAUGAAGGUGGAGGCGGUGGACCUGAUGGAGCCCCGGCUCAUCUGUGUGGCCACGGUGAAGCGCGUAGUCCAGCGUCUCCUUAGCAUCCAUUUUGAUGGCUGGGACAACGAGUAUGACCAGUGGGUGGACUGCGAGUCUCCAGACAUUUAUCCUGUGGGAUGGUGUGAACUGACAGGCUACCAGCUUCAACCACCAGUGGUUCCAGAGCCCACAACUGCAGCGAAGGCCAAGGAGGUGCCCAAGAAGAGGAAGAAACCCUAUGGAAAGAAGAGAAAAAAGUUACCUGCCAAAGCCCGCAGUGUCAAGCAGACUGUCAAGAAGCCUUCUGCCACAAAUUCAAAACGAGAAGCAAAAGCUGCCAGCCAGGCUUUGCCAGAGCCAGCACCUGAUGAAAGUAAGGGAAUUACUUAUUCUACCUGCAGCCACAUCCACCUCUCCCCAUACACCCUCUUGGCCAAUAAGUCAUGGACACCCUCAGGCAGGAAAAGGCAGCCACAUGUCCUUCCGUACUCCUCCAGAGAGUAGAAUGAAUCAUUUGCU